AUGACCGGCUUUCCUUCCAUCAAGGUCACGUAUUUUGACGGGGCCGGGCGCGCCGAGGACAUACGCUUGGCUUUUUACAUUGGUGGUGUGCCCUUUGAGGAUAAGCGCAUCAGCUUUGCGGAAUUUAAGGCCAUUAAGGGUUCUCUUCCCCUUGGUCAAGUGCCUCUUCUUGAGGUAGACGGGGAGGUAUUUACCCAGUCGCACGCUAUGAUUCGCUUUGCAGGACGCAUGGCAGGACUUUACCCGGUGACUAUACCGAUCUUGACACUCAAAAUUGACGAGGUGUUGCACGGUUUGAACGAAAUGGGGGAGAAAGUAUUCUCCACGUUUAGCGAGUCUGAAGAAGUAAAGAAGAAAGCCCGUGAGGAACUGGCCUCGGACACGAUCCCUCGCUAUGCUUCUCUUAUCGAAGCACGGCUUGAGAAAAUGCAACAAAUACCAGCCUUUCAAUCGAAGGACGUCUUCAUCCACGAUUUAGCGAUCUACACGUGGGUCAAAAUGUUACGCGCCGGAAAGAUCGACUAUAUCCCGACUACUGUGCUAGAUGGCUACAAGGUGUUGAAUAAGAUUCACGACAAAGUCGCGAAUCAUCCAAAGGUGAAGGAGUGGGACGCACUGCCGCACAAUAUUCCAAAACUCAAGCUGACUUACAUGCCCCACCCUGGCCGAGCAGAGGCGAUUCGUCUUGCACUCCAUAUUGGAGGUAUUGAUUUUGAAGAUGAACGCAUUACUCGUGAAGAAUUGGUAGCCCGCAAGCCGUCGCUACCGUUUCACCAACUGCCAGUACUUGAAGUAGAUGGCGAAAUUGUCGCGCAGUCACUCGCUAUCCUUCGCUACGCUGGCAAACUUUCGGGUCUAUAUCCAAUGACUACUCCACUAGCUGCCUACCGCGUCGACGAGUUGUUUUCGAUCAUCGACGAGAUGUUUAACAAUCUGCUCUGGGGAGCGUCGUAUCGUGAGAAAGAUUCGGAGAAGCAGCUAGCUAUGCGCGCCAAUUUGUCCACAAGCAUCGUACCAAAGACACUUGGCUUUUUGGAGAAAGUGAUCUCGAGAAACAAGGGUUCCUAUGCGACUGGUGCACACUUGACUGUAGCUGAUCUCGCUAUUUACGGCGUGCUGCUUGGUUUCAAAGCUGGUAUCCCUGGCUUUCCUAAGACCAUUGCGGACUCGUACGAAAACUUGCAGCGCGUAUUUAAGCUGGUAGCUGAACAUCCAAAGGUUAUUGAGUGGAACUCUUCUCACAACCAAACGUUAGAGUAG